CCAACAUCAAUCAUUUUGCAGUUAAACGUUAACGUUAUUUUGCAAACGGCAGCUGAUCGAGCGAAUGUGUUCUAACAAAACGGAAACGGAAAUUCAUCAAAUUCGCAGGACUAAAAACGGAGUGUGAAAAUAUAAGAAAAUGCAAAAAUUGGAAAAUUUAUUUUAACAAAAUAAAUUUAAAAUAGCCAAUUGAAUAAAUAGUUUGAAAAGAAAAUUGUGAGAUUUGAUUUGACAAGGAUCCAUCCGCCUUUGAAAAAAUGACCGAUCGUUUUCAAAUCUCCAAAGUGAACGGUGGGGGCCCCGGUGUGGGCGAUUUUGAACCCACCAACAUCACCACAAUUAGUGAAAAUGUGACCAGUGAUAAUAGUGUGAAUAAUGCCAAUGGCUCGGCCCCACCACCGGCCGGUGGUGGCCACUACCAACAGCACAAUGCCCCGCGUAAAAGUUCAAGCAUAUCCUUUCGAGGAUUUGGCAGUUUUCUGAGGUCCAAACAAUCGGCCGAUGAUCGGAAAUUCAGUUUGGCCCAGUUGACACAGGAAGCCCUGCCCCGCAUGGAUAAUUACCGUAUGUCCAAGAGGGACAAGAAGAGACCAUCUAUUGGCCAGCUUCAGUGUGAAGCUGUGGGAGAGGGACAGACAAUUCAAAUGCCCGACCCAGCGGGGCCGGAACCCAGUGGACAUCACAUCAAAUUGGGUUGGAUUGUGGGUGUAAUGGUGCCAUGUCUGCUCAAUAUUUGGGGUGUAAUGUUGUUCUUGCGUCUCAGUUGGGUGGUGUCGCAAUCCGGUAUUUGGCAAUCUUUGGUGAUUAUUGCCAUCUCGGCAACGGUGUGUGUGAUAACAACGCUUUCCCUAUCGGCCAUCAGUACCAAUGGUGAAGUGAAAGGUGGCGGUGUCUAUUUUAUUAUAUCACGUUCCUUGGGUCCUGAGUUUGGUGCAUCCGUGGGUGUUGUUUUUGCAUUUGCCAAUGCGGUGGCGGCGGCCAUGAAUACGAUUGGUUUUUGUAGCUCUCUCAAUGAUUUGCUGAAGGAAAAUGGCGUCAAAAUCAUUGACAAUGACAUCAACGAUAUCCGCAUUGUUGGAGUUGUCACAAUUUUGGUCCUGAUUUUGGUUUGCUGUGUCGGCAUGGAAUGGGAAACCAAGGCCCAAAACUUCUUGCUGGUUGCCAUUAUUUUGGCAAUUUUUGAUUUCCUUAUUGGUGCCGCCAUCGGUCCGGGUAAUGACAAGGAGAGUAUUGCCAAAGGUUUUGUGGGCUUCUCGUGGGAUACUUUGAAGGAGAAUUUCAACUCGGACUAUCGUUACUCGGAAAAGGUCGAUCAGAAUUUCUUCAGUGUCUUCGCCAUUUUCUUCCCCAGUGUGACGGGUAUUCAGGCGGGUGCCAAUAUUUGUGGCGAUCUAAAAGAUCCAGGGGCAGCAAUUCCCAAGGGUACAUUGUGGGCCCUAUUGUUGUCUAUGAUCUCCUAUGCCGUGUUUGUGGUAUUUGCCGGUGGAGCAGCUGCCCGUGAUGCUUCCGGUGAUGUUGCUGAUUUGAUUAAUGGUACUUUGAUCAGUUCGGAACUGAAAUGUGCCGCCAAUCAUACCUGUGAAUAUGGUUUGGCCAAUUCCUAUUCGGUCAUGCAACUGAUGUCUCUGUGGGGUCCCUUGAUCUAUGCUGGUUGCUUUGCCGCCACCCUGAGUACGGCAUUGACAAAUCUCCUGUCUGUGCCCCGUUUGGUCCAGGCCUUGGGUAUUGAUCGCAUCUAUCCUGGCUUGAUUUUCUUCUCCAAACCCUAUGGCAAACAUGGUGAACCCUAUCGCGGCUAUGUCUUGACUUUCAUUAUCUCGGCAGCCUUUAUUCUGAUUGGUGAGCUGAACGUUAUUGCUCCUCUGAUAUCUACGUUCUAUUUGGCCUCGUAUGCUCUCAUUAAUUUCUGCACCUUCCAUGCGGCUUUCAUUAAGCCCCUGGGCUGGAGACCCACAUUUAAGUAUUACAAUCAAUGGUUGAGUUUAUUCGGCUUUGUCAUGUGCAUAGCCAUUAUGUUCCUGAUCGAUUACAUCUCCUCCCUGAUAACGUUGAUCAUUAUUUUUGCCCUGUAUCUGGUGGUGAUGUAUCGAAAACCUGAAGCCAAUUGGGGUUCUUCAACGCAGGCCCAGCAACAUAAGGCCGCCAUUACAGCUGUCCAUCGUCUGCAAAAUGUUUCCGAUCAUGUGAAGAAUUACACACCACAAGUUUUGGUCUUGUCUGGAGAUCCCAAGGAUAGACCGCCACUAAUCGAUUUCAGUUACAUGCUAACGAAGCAGAACUCCCUGCUGUUUGUGGGUAAUGUUGAGACGGUGAAUUUGGGCUACAAGAAUCGUCAGCAACAAAUAAUGGAGGGUCAAAAGUAUUUGAAUGCCCGAAAAAUCAAGGCGUUCUACAAUAUUAUUGAUGGCUUCAACAUGGAAGAGGGUGUCAAGGCCCUGUUAAAAUCUACCGGAUUUGGUAAACUAACACCCAACAUUGUCCUGAUGGGCUAUAAGAGCGAUUGGGUUGAAAGUAGCAAGGAUGAAGUGCAAACCUAUUUCAAUAUUCUCAACAUGUCCUUUUCAUUGCGUAUGGGUGUGGCUAUCUUACGGCUGCCUACAGGCAUCAAUUUCUCCGAAUUAAAUUCGGAAAUUAUCUACGGCGGUUCGAACGGUUUGGGCCACAUAAACACCGCAAAUGCCAAGGGAUUUACCAAUUUAUUAAUGCCACCCUCAAACACUGCCUCCGAACUCUUGCAUGUUGAUUCUAAUCUUAAUUUAGCGGGCAUGGAUAGUGCCCAGUCAUCGUAUACCAUGCCACAGCCACCACCUCUGCCCAAUGUGAGUAGCACCAAGAAAUAUAACCUCAAACAUGAUGACAAUGUGGCCUAUAUGACGAGAAAUGGUUCGGAGGUACCCAAGCACAUAUUGGAUGCUGUGACAAUAUUCACGCGCAAACAGCCAAAGAGUACCAUAGAUGUCUUCUGGCUGUACGAUGAUGGAGGUCUAACGAUGCUCUUGCCAUAUAUUAUUUCGCAACGCUCCAAUUGGUCUGGUUGUAAACUUCGGGUAUUUGCUUUGAGCAACGGCAAGGAUGAAGAAAAUGAAGAGAAGAACAUGGCCAGUUUGUUGACCAAAUUCCGUAUCAAAUACUCCGAAUUGAUAAUGCUCAAGGGCUUGACAGAUGCUCCACGUAGCGAGACUUUGUUACAGCACAAACAACUACUCAAUAGCUAUAUUGCCAAUGUGCGCAAUGAAUAUCCUGGCAUAACCAAUGAUGAAAUCGAAGAUAUGCAGGAGAAGACCAAUCGUCAGCUGCGCAUACAUGAAAUGGUGGUGCAGCAUUCGUCGCAGGCUGCCCUAAUUGUUAUGUCCUUGCCAAUGCCUAGAAAGGAAGCCAUAUCCGCCCCGCUGUACAUGUCCUGGUUGGAAAUGCUGUCCAGCGAGGUGCAGUGUCCUGUCCUCAUGGCCAGAGGCAAUCAAACACCAGUAUUAACUCUUUACUCUUAGGCUAUGAUUUUAAUAAAAAAGAAAAACGUUAUUUUGUUUUAAAACACUCAUCUACAAAAAAAAAAACCCGACAUAGACAAUAUUAAGAGUAUUAUUAUUAUUAAAUAAUUAAGUAUUAAGAAAAGCAA